UGUGUCACUUAAUGUUAGCUAUUUCAUUAAGACUUCACUGUGUCACUUAAUGUUAGCUAUUUCAUUAAGACUUCACUGUGUCACUUAAUGUUAGCUAUGUCAUUAAGACUUCACUGUGUCACUUAGUAUCACCUAUGUCAUUAAGACUUCACUGUGUCACUUAGUAUCACCUAUGUCAUUAAGACUUCACUGUGUCACUUAGUAUCACCUAUGUCAUUAAGACUUCACUGUGUCACUUAGUAUCACCUAUUUCAUUAAGACUUCACUGUGUCACUUAGUAUCACCUAUGUCAUUAAGACUUCACUGUGUCACUUAGUAUCACCUAUGUCAUUAAGACUUCACUGUGUCACUUAGUAUCACCUAUGUCAUUAAGACUUCACUGUGUCACUUAGUAUCACCUAUGUCAUUAAGACUUCACUGUGUCACUUAGUAUCACCUAUGUCAUUAAGACUUCACUGUGUCACUUAGUAUCACCUAUGUCAUUAAGACUUCACUGUGUCACUUAGUAUCACCUAUGUCAUUAAGACUUCACUGUGUCACUUAGUAUCACCUAUGUCAUUAAGACUUCACUGUGUCACUUAGUAUCACCUAUGUCAUUAAGACUUCACUGUGUCACUUAGUAUCACCUAUGUCAUUAAGACUUCACUGUGUCACUUAGUAUCACCUAUGUCAUUAAGACUUCACUGUGUCACUUAGUAUCACCUAUGUCAUUAAGACUUCACUGUGUCACUUAGUAUCACCUAUGUCAUUAAGACUUCACUGUGUCACUUAGUAUCACCUAUGUCAUUAAGACUUCACUGUGUCACUUAGUAUCACCUAUGUCAUUAAGACUUCACUGUGUCACUUAGUAUCACCUAUGUCAUUAAGACUUCACUGUGUCACUUAGUAUCACCUAUGUCAUUAAGACUUCACUGUGUCACUGGGAAGAUUCACCUAACAAUUAUAAUUGUAUAAACUCAAAUAUUUUGUGUUAACAGAAAGCUUAACACUGUUGUAUCAACAUGGUUCUUAGUUGUUUAUCUCAUGUUGACGAUAAGAGAUGAAUCGUAGCUCAUCUGUUUGUUAUUAAGUCUUUAAUAUUGUGUUCAUAUGAUCUUUAUAUAAAAACAUAUCAUAAUUAUCAACGCCAAUUUUUAAGUCUUAUUUAUAAUAUAUGUUACACUCUGUAGGGAUAAACGACAAAUAGCAAAAGCUUUUAUUAAGUUCUUUUAGCAGAAAUUUCUGGCUGGUCAUAGACAGUUGUGCGGUUAAUCAUGACAUAUAAUUAUAUAACCUACUUCAGGUAUAGUUGGACUUUUAUAGUGCUAACCGUCGUCUUAAAUGAAGGAGCAAAUUUACCUUUCCGUUGUAGUAAAUUUAAUAGAAUAAAUUUAGAAUUUCAUGCACAAUAGAAGGUCGUGUGGUAUAUGUUAUCAGUAUGAUAAGGUGUGACGUGAGAGAUAAGACUAUCAGGUGGUGACUGCUAAUACCACGUAUGAGGGAACGAUCUGGUGAUAGUGAAGUGAUCACAUGUACCACUAUUAGGUGAAGGUGACUCCUAAUACCACGUAUGAGGGAACGAUCUGGUGAUGGUGAAGUGAUCACAUGUACCACUAUUAGGUGAAGGUGGCUCCUAAUACCACGUAUGAGGGAACGAUCUGGUGAUAGUGAAGUGAUCAAGUGUUCAGAAAAGUGAGGAGUAAUACAGUACUCGAUUAUACAUAAGAGUUCAUGUGUGUGUAUGUAAUUAUUGAGCUCUUAAUUUGUGUAGUGUAGAUAAACACCUCGAGGACAGGUGGUGCUGUACAGUACCUGCAGGUAUGGUGACGCCCAGGCCCAGAUCGCUGAUCAAAACAAACGGUGACAAGUAUCUAGAUGGCCUGGAUGAGGUUGCCCAGCCGGAGAUGUGUCGGGUCUUCCUGUGGUUGUAUCAGGGAGGUAACCAGUAUGUGGGGGAGUACCUGGUUACAUUACCACGAGGAAUGCAGUUUCUAAACAAGGACCAGAAGAAGAUGCUCACCAACAAGGAACCAGUAACCAACAUGGAUAUCUCGCUCCUGUAUCGCCUUCUGCAGCAUACGUGCGGCUUGGCCCCCGAAACGGACCGUAUCUGGCACGACCCAGUGAGUGAUAAUGCUUGCAGUCUAGAACAUUCAUUAUAUCUAAUUAAAGAAGAACGAAAUAAUAUGAAACACAUGACGGGAAAAAUAAAGCAACAAAUGUCUGACAAUGAGUGCACAGAGAAAAUAGAUUGUUUACGAGUUCUCUGCUGUCGUAUAUUAUGCGAAGCAGCCCGACGCUGUAACAGACAUGAUGAACUACCUCGCUGUACUGACGGGCUGGGAGCUAAACUUGAAGAUAUAAAGGGCGUCUCACCGGCCAAGUUUAGUCAAUUGGCCAAGAAAGAGAUAAAAAAAACGUUAGAAGACCAGCAUAGUGGAGGACCGCUGGGUGGACAGUACCUGGAGCCUCGAAUCAACUGUGAAGACGGUUUAGUGUCUCUGGGUGACCUCCUGAGGUGGGGACGCUCGGAAGCUGGUGAACUUCCCCCCGUCAUCCUCGUGAGUGGUGAUGCAGGUGCCGGCAAGACCUCACUCUGCCAAUACUUGGAAGACUCGUGGAAAAGAGAAGAAGAUAACAUCAAGGACCUGCUGGAGUGUGACCUGCUCCUCCUCGUAUACUGUCGGGACGUUACUACUGGUGACACUGUGCGACUGUUGCAGGAAGAUUUCCUGCCUGAGACAACGGCGUACUGCGACCCUCACAGGAUCACCACACUGCUGCAGGAACUGAAGGUCGUCUGGAUACUUGAUGGUCUGGAGGAAGCGACGGACGACGCUGCCACACUCAUAAGAAAGAUACUUAAAACACAGCCAAAGUCUCACACCCUCUUGUUGACCUCCCGGCCGGAACACAGCCUCGCGUUAACAAAAAAAUACCCGGAGAAGAAAAUUUCUAAACUGACUUUAUGUGGCGUUGAUCCUAAGGGGGCAUUUAAGAAGUGGCUUCACCUGAAUAACAUUAUAAAAUGUGAGAAACGUGAAAAGGAAUUAAUAACAGAAUAUGAAACAUUAGACAAAGAAGUACAAAAAGAACUACAAAAUCCACUAAAGAUGCAGCUGGUGCUACAGGACUGGGAGAACACAUACAGAGACCUUCAUCAAGGCUUUGACCUUAGUCGACUCUACCACAAGUUCAUUAUUGCUCAGAAAAAGUUACUCGUGAGUAAAUUCACUAAAGGAAACGUACUUGAAAAAGAAGCAGAGAUGAAAGUUGAAAAAUGGAUCCAGUUGUUGUAUAACGUCGCCUUUGACAUGACUCGCGGGCAGAGGGUCACAACCAUCCCUGAUUCUGUGUUGAGGGAACUUGAGAAUAAGUGUGAUGACCUUAAAAUAUCUUCAUCAUUCUGUUUAUCUACGUUUCUUGCUUCAGUGGGAAACAGUAGAUAUUCCUUCUUUCACUCUACACAACAGCAUUUUUUCGCUGCUCAAUAUGUAACUUAUAUUUUUAAUACAAAUGCUAAUGUUUCAUCAAAGGUUUGCCAGAUGUUUGAUAUUUGUUCUUUAGAUAAUGUGAGGAAAAAAUCCUUAGUUAACUUUUAUGAAGUUUUUCUUCAUCUGAUCUUCAUUCUUGGGAGCUCACUCUCGGACGACCAGCUGGAGCUGUUAAUUAAACUGCUCUCUCAUGCAAUACUCGAUAGUAAUGGAAGUUCAAAGUGGUUUGAAGUUGUUCAAAAAGGAUCUUAUGAUAACAGGAUCACAGAGAGAAUUAGUAGAGUAAUACCCGAGGUUUGGUAUGUCUGUGAUUCUUGUGUUAAGGCUGCCAGGUGUUUGAUGACGUGGACCAAACCGUCCCACAUUGUUAUAGAACUGGACAAAAAUCCUCGGCACUCCCCCGAACUUGUUCCUCUGUUGCAUAGUAUCGCUGACCUAGACUGCCUGGUGUGGGUGGAGCUGUAUCUGUCUUACCACCACAAGAAACUGAGUAACCAGACCACCUCAGAUAAGUACCUUAAGAUGCUGUGUUACAAGGACUCCCCUUGUGCAAUUUUGGGAUUUGAAGGUCAUCUUAGUAAUGAAGCAUAUGACUUGUUGAAACUGCCUACCUUUGCAGACUAUUGUGAUGCGUUAACACUGAAAGUCAAGUCAACUGAAUCCCUGGGAACACUAUGUGAAGCGAUGAGAGAUCUUCAGAGCCUCACAACUUUCCAUCUAACUUUAUCAUUAAGAUCUCCAUCGUAUAUAUCAGCUUGUCUUCCGGUAAAAACAGAUCUUCACCUUCCAUACAUGACAGAUGAAACAGUGGCAGACACAGCUAAGUUAAUCAGCAGACUGAGCACUGUGUAUAAGAGCAUAACCGUCAGUAACAUAACAGGAGCUGGUGCUAAACAGUUUAUUAUUAUAUUAAGAGAAAAAGGUGUUACUGUAGGAUCAUUUGUGCAAGAAAUGAGGGACGAGAAGGGAGAAUACUUGGUUUCCCUCUCUUAUGGUUCUCUGCCUCUCAAGUAUUCUGUCCUGGAUUUUGUGUACUACUGGCUCAGCUGGGAGAACCAUUACAAAGCUAGUCCACCUACAAUGUAGAACUAGAGAUAAAUAUACCUAUAAGUGUAAUCCUGUGUUACACACUAUUGUUUGAUAUUUUAAAAGUACAGUCAUUUAAUUUAUUAUUUAUGUGUUUUGUUGAUAAUAAUUAUAUAUAAUGUAAAUUCAAGUUUUUUUUAAUGUAAUAGACUAAAUUUCUUUUCAAUGCCAUUUUGAUUAGAUCACAAAACAGGUAAUGUUUUAUUAUCCGUAUAUAAGUAUGUCUAAGCGUGUGUCGUUCUUAUAAAGAUUGUAUGAUGUAUGUUUAAGUGUAUAUGAUGAAACAUGUUGAUGUACCUUUGUAUUUUUAGGAAUGUAAGAAGGAUCUGUCUGAAGGAAGGAAUGGACAGGGGGAGGAGUAAGUUUAGGGCAGUGGUCCCAACCGGUGGUUCAGGUGCCCGCGGAACUAUAUAAUGGACCCCGCAAAGAUUUAUUAGAAAAUUUUUAGAUAAUUAAUUUGUCAAAAUGAAAAUAUGUAAUAACUUUAUACGACUUUAGAGAAAGAGAGGAACUCCGUUUGUCCCGAAUCUGUCGGGUACAGGAUGUGUGUAUUUACCACAAACCGAGUCCAGAAAGAGAGCUAGCUAGCAUGAUCCAAGAGUAAAUUUAAGAAGUAUGUAACCGGUAACAGUUAAACAGUUAGAAUUGUAUAGAACUGCAAAUAACUGCAAUACUGUCUAUGAUUUUUUUUUUAUUAUCUUGAAUGUCAAUCCAAAGUUUUGGAUUGACAAAUGUGGCCCAGAGCCUAGAAAAUGUCGGGGACCACUGCUUUUGGUUAGGUUAGGUAGCGGGGAGGAUGAAGAGUUAUCUAAAGGAGGGGAGAGGCAGGAAGAGGCUGCAUGGGGAGUAGUUGCCGGAGCUAUACGGGGAAGACGUUCACCGACCUAAACUGACGUACACUCGGGGGUUACAUGGUGAACGUAUACAUGAGAGUCACAUGUAACUCCCAGUCUGUGUCGUGGCGCCAGCUGAGAUCAGGGACGGUGGGUCACUGUCACACGCCCUUCUGACUACCUCCCCAGCUGUGAGAUUAGUGCCUAGGCUGUCCAGUGGUGUGUAAGGAAGUGAGAUAUUAUGGAGGAUGAGAGAGAGAAUCAUUUAUAUAAUUGAUCAAUACUCAGCCUGUUGCUCCAAACACAACAUCUAUAAAUAAUAACAAUGAACAUUUACCUUAACCAGAGACGUUCAGUUAGUAAUAUUAGAGGCAGGAGAGAACACUAAGGCAAAGAGACUUAGAUAAUAGUUAUAUUAUAGUGUGCCAUUAUCACCAUACUCCUCCGCCAAUACCAUACUAUACAGUCUUCCACCGCCACAAUACUUUACUGCUCCACCAUUACCAUACUAUACAGUGUUACACAUCACCAUACUAUACAGUGUUCCUACAUCACCAUACUGUUCCACCAUCACCAUACUAUACAGCACUCCUCUCAGUCACAGACCUCCAUAAAAUAUCACGGUGUGAAGGUGUGGAACAACUUACCCCCACCCAUCCCAGCAAAGACUACGCUCC